AUGAUUGAGGAGAGCCUCAUGCAUUUUGUUGGACAAAUCGUGAACGGCGCAGAGACUUAUUUUAAUGCACACAAAGCAUCGCCACCACUGCGCAUAAGGGCUGAAUUCCUCAUUUUGGUGACACAGAGCAUUGCGAAAUUACAACUUUCGACAAUUAGCAGCAUCGGUCGAGGCGCAAGGAAAGGCGAGGAGGGCGAAGAGAACGGCGGAACGAGCGAAUGCCAUUCGCCACUAUUGCUCUUUCAGACCACAUCUCCUGAAGUGCCUUGUCUCGAUUCAGUUGCAGCGGUGAAUGUUCCGAUUAAACUAUUCCACACGGAUCUGGGCCUUAGACGAUUGUUGGCGAAGCGUGAUUUGCUCAGCACGAGGGAAAUCUGGAAUUCGCAAAAAUGGACGAAGGAUGACCAGAAUUCAACAUUAAAGCUUCAUGAUCUUAGCUGUGCAUUUUAUACUUUUUUAUUGGGCCAGAUAGAGCAGGAGAAAAAUUCGAUAACCACUUACAGCAUAUCUGGAUGA